AUGAAGAAAACAAUGUUUCACAAGUUCUCAAACUUCAUUCAGCAAGCAGUUGAAACAUUUGCACCAAAUGUUUCACCUCAGGAAGAAUUUGUGUACCACUGGAAGUCUGUUACAAGUUACUUUGUAGAUAGCAAAGGGAGAGAUGCCCGCAUUGAGGAGACUGAUCUACAAGAACAUCUUGUGUCCAUGUUGCGGAUCAUUCAGGAAGAGGAAUCUAACCUUGGGGAAGCUGGCACCACUGGCGUGUGUUUGGAAUAUCUGCUUCAGCACAGACUCUUAGAAACACUUUAUACACUGGGGCGAACUGAUCAUCCUCCAGGUAUGAAGCAGACAGUGUUAAGCUUCUUCACAAAGCUCUUAUCAAGGAUUACACAUCCUCUCCUGCCUCAUAUCAAUGUCCAUCGCGCUGUACAGCGCUUAGUGAAGGCUUGUGGAGAAACACAAGGGAGCCCAACGGAAAAGGAAGAAAUAGAAUUCUUAUGUACAGUUUGUGCCAAGAUCAAAACAGAUCCAUAUCUUGUCAACUUCUUUAUUGAGAACCCUGAUAAAGGAAUAAUACGGAAUCCCCACCGUCCACCACAGGUUUUCAGCCUAGUUGAUGCCCUUCUGUCAUUGUCUUCCAGUCAGGAUGCAAGGAUAUCAGUGAAAGCAUGUGAAGGACUAAUGCUGUGUGCAAGCCUUCCAGAAAAAUCUGCAGCCACCGCCUUGAUCUCCCACACAUGCUUCUGCCAGGCUAUAGCUAACACACUGAUUCAGCUCUAUCAGAAGCUGCCUGCACUUAUCAGUCCUGAUGUUGUGGAGACUGUAGAAGCAAAAUGGGGAUUUGGAAACAUUAUCGAGAGAAACGAAAAACAAAGUGUUAGUGGCAAAUGUCAAGUGAUUUCGUUUUUAUCAUGGCUGGACUAUUGUGACCAGCUGAUUGCUGUGGCUAACCCACUUGUUGGGGAAGCUCUGGCUUCAGAAAUUCACAAGACACUGCUCACAGGCCAGAUUUUGCUACAGCUUAUGCAGACCUCUGAGUCUGGAACCAUUGUUUCAACAACUUACAUAACCCGAUGCCUGCGCACAGUUUGUUCUCCUGCACUGUUGAGAGAAUUUUGCUAUUUCUUGCUUGGGAGUGACAGAACAUUGGAGGUACAAAACAGUCCAGAACAUGCAUUGAAGAAGCGCCUGUUAGAAAGGUGCAAUCAUUUGUCAGAGGAGGUUUGCAUUGCGACCCUGAAGUUAUUUGACACACUGCUGCAAAAGGAGGAUGAACAUAUUUUCCAUUGUCUCCUACUUCGUAAUUUGUUGGGUCGCAGUUAUUUGCAGGAGUCACCACCAACAGAAGAGAGUUCACUUCAAAUGCCCACUGUAAAUGAUGUCAGUCAAGAAGUAGUGAAUGGCCAAGAGGAACUCUCACAGACAGCCAGUAAAGUGAUUCUUGAUAGCUCGCAAACUAAUCCAGCUGAAGCGUCUGCUACCACUGCUGUUGAUGCUGGUCAGCCUGCUAGCAAUAAUCGAGAACAACUAUCAGAACCACAAGCAGAAGCAACAGAUCUUGCUGGCUUGAGGAACAGUAGUGGUUCUCUAGCUGUGGGUGAAUGCUUAGCUGAACCUACAGAAGUUGACGAUCACCAAACCAAAGACUUACUUUCACCAAGAGAACAAGAAUACAGUGGGGAAGUAUGUAGCGAGGACAAUGAAAAGAUUAAUUCUUCUCUGGGCUCUAGUGAUAGCACUCCAUCCGGAUCUUCUGUGUCUUCCAGUUUGCCCUCAGGUAAGGGAAAUGUUAGUUUUUCUUCACCAAUGUUUACUCGCUCUGAAGUUCACAAAGUGGUCAACUGUUUUUUAGGCUUGUUGCCAGAAGAAGCUAAAUCAUCAUAUCAGACUCCUGACAGUGGAUAUGACAUGUACAUCAGAGAUGCUCAUAAGCAGUUUGCCAUACAAGAGACAGUUUGUGCCAGCUGGGCUUGGCCCAUGAGACCAGUAGUAAUCGCUGAGUAUGUAAUGGACAUAUUUUAUGAAGGGUCAUUUUUACAUAUGUUGUUUGACAAACUCGCUCAUCUUUUGGAUCAGAGUUAUUCGGUCAAUCUGCUGCUGACUGCGAUUAUUGCCAGAGUUGCUUUGCUGCCCCACCCAAACCUGCAUGAGUUUCUGCUGGAUCCUUUUCUACCAACACUUGAAAGAAGUCGAACCCUCUAUUCCGUGUUGGUAAAGGUGACACAUGAAAUCAGACACCAUUUCCUAAAAAAAUGCAGUUAUGAAUUAGGAAUACUUCAUUAUCGAAUUGAAUGCAGUCAGUAUUAUGCGAUUAAGCCAUUGACAAGAGCCACCUUGGUGUA